AUGAAGCGCAAUGAAGUCUACUAUUUUUCAAAAUUCAGAGUGACAAUGACAGACAUUAAAUACACUAAUUCCACGAAUAACCCUUAUCACAUAACGUUUACAAAGAAUACAAUUAUUCAAAAAUAUAAAGAGCCAAUCACUUUAAAUUUUACACCUGAACCAAAAAUUACCGAAUGGAAGAGCCUAAUAGAAACAAAGGAUAACAAUAUAAUCAUUAACACGUAUGCCACAAUUGAUAAAUACGAAGCUAAUGUUACAGUCUGGCCAUCUAAGAGCGAUCCGAAAAAAUCAUCAAAAAGACGAUUGUGUUCUCUCAUUGACCAUAAAAAUACUAAGAUUCAACUCAUAUCGUGGAACAAGCACGUUGACAUUGAAUUAAAACUAAAUCAAGUUUAUGGCAUAUUCAACGUGAGAUUGAACAAAGAAAACUAUUCCAAAAAUUUAAAUACAAUUGAUGAUUCCAUGUUCGUAGAGAAUCCUUCUAAUGACAUAUGUCAAAUAAUACAACUUUAUUUGCAAACUGUGAAUUCACCAUCCACAUUUGUUAAAAAAAAUUCGUUUGAUGAUAUAUACAAUGAAGAUGAAUUCAUAGAGUGCACUAACAAUGCAGAGAUUCAAUUACUAGAAAUCUUGAAUGCAGAUAAUAAACGUUUCAUUCAGAAGAUUAUUGAAGAAUGCAUAAAUAAUGCAAUUGAAUGUUAUCGUUCACAAGGCACAUCUUUCUGGUCGCCAUUUCAAACGGCUGCAGGCACAGUUACCUCUUUGUUUAAAGAAUCAACAAAUGGGAUUCGACGAUGUAGUGAGUUGGGAAUAGAAGCUGGAAAGCAGAAACGCAGCAAGGAAAUAAUGAACUGGGCAAGAAAAAAGAGACGUAUGAUACGGAGAGAAGAUUUGUUAGCGUAUCUUGCCGGAAAACCACCACCACCUAGACCACAUUCACACCGAAGCUCCCCGAAACCUCGAAUGAUGGUAUGUGGCUCACCGCCUUCACAAAGUCCAACUGCAAGUAUGGUAGUUUCUUCAACUCCUCCACCUGGUAGCGAUCCAGAUCCAGAGUUACACACGUUUCGAGAAGCUAUUGCUCUUUCUGGUUCACCAAUGUCACGACGAGCCAAUCGACAAACAGAGCUUUCGGCCUUUAUUAGUAGUGAAUUUGCACGACAUCACAAACGACCUGCAUCUCAUGAUGUUGACAUGGGCUCACCAACGCACAAGCGAACACGCUUUAUGUAACAGUGCGCUGAACAAUGUAAUGCAACAGCUACCGUAUACAAAAUGACGAGCUCAGCACUUUUUACGUUUACUCUUUGCGGAUAUCGAUUAAUUAAUUUUGAAAUCGCUAAAUUGUUUGCUAUAAGAAAUAUCAUGUUGCUCUGAGUAAAUUGGAAGCUCGUGCUUAUCAAGUAUAUUGAAGCUCUUAACGGGGUGUAUCAUCGUUAUUAUAAACCUUUUUGCUCAAAGUUCAUUUAUGAACAAGUUAGUACUUGACAUGAAUAGAGCAUUAUAAAGAAGUGAUUGUACGUAUGUUUGUUUGUGUAAAUGAGCAAGGGAGAGAAAGAGCAUAUCCGACUGGCGGCUUGAUGCCUCUGUAUUUCUCAUAAGUCCUUUAUUUUAAGAAAAAUAUAAUUAUAAAUACCGAUUGUGACUUCAUUACAAAUGUACGUUUGCUUACAUUAAUAACAUUUUAUUUUUAUUUGAUUAAUAAUAAAGCAAUCAAUUUAUUGUAUCUUUUGGUUUAAUAAUUAUGUUUAGCUUUUAAUAAGUUAAAAAAAAUAGGAACAUACAAAAUUCAAGUAUAAUAGUUUUAAGAUAUGGAAUAAAGCAAAAAUCUAGAAACUCAUUUUUAACAUACAAAAUAAUAAACGCUUUUACCUACAUAAUUCGGUUGUAGCCAAUAAUUAAGUAACUUUUUAAUUGUUGUCAACAAAGUUAUCAAAAUAUUUAAUUUUUGCAAAAGCUAGAAAAUCUAUCAUUUAUAUUGUGUUUUUAGAAUUAGAUAGCGAAAGAAAAAAAAUCACUACUGCAGAUUGUUUUUAAUGUUUCAGUAAUUUAUGCAAGAAUCAAGGUCUUCAUCAACAUAGGUUCAUGUACAAAGGCUUCGGAUAUGCUCGUUAACUGUUAAAAGUGCCGAUACUAAAAUAAUAUUCGUGUUUGUGUCAUAAAUAAAAUUUUAUAUGGACCUUGAAUUUGCAAUAUAGCUAAUCUAAUUUAAUAUAUAGAAAAAAAGGAUCAGUUUUUUUAUUUAGUUACAAAUCUUUUUAAAUCAAACUAUGUGUAGCAGAUUUAAUUCGAUGAAAAAAGCAUCUGUUAAAAAGAAUAAACUCUAAAUACACUUAUACUGUAACCAUCUUCAAAAUCUUUAUAUAAUUAUCUACUAUAUGUAGAAAAGUGUGCUGAUUUAAAUUUUUUAAAUUAAACUUAUCAAUGUAAAAUAAAA